AUGCUUUUUAAUUUUUGGUCUUUGAUACCAUCAACAUUCAAAGCAUUAACUAAUUUUAGAAGAAUAAAUGAUUUAUAUAAACAUGUACAAGAACAACAAAAGAAUGUAAUAUUGUAUCAUUUAGGACAUUGGGUAAAAUUAAAGGUGGGAGGGCAACCUUUUAUAGUUAGAAGAAGAACACUUACUUGGUACCCAGGGUCAGUGUUUAGUUCAAUAGCUCAAUAUGAUAAAAAGACAUCAAUGAUAUUGUCUGAUUUAUUCAAAGGACAACCAUUUUCGAUGGCACCGUCUGGUAAACCUCACGUGGAACAAAACAUUGCAGUGGCCACACAAAAGACAGACGAAGAAUCAUCGCUCGAUACAAAGGUUGAAAGUGAUCAGGUGGUCAUUCAACAACACCACCAACGAAACUUGAACAAGAAUACAAUGAGUGACCACGCAUCACCCUAUUUCAAACUGGAAAAGGAUACCGAUGGCUACUAUAUGAUCGACAGAGAUUCUGCUCUAUUUGGAGUGGUAUUAAACUUUCUUCGUACCGGUGAGCUACCAGAUCCACUUCCUUCAACCAUCGAUGCUAGACUACUCUUACUUGAAGCACAAUUCUAUCAUUUAAAAGAGUUACAAGAUAGGAUAAAAGAGAUAAUGAUGAGAAAAAAAAGACAAGAUGAAAAAGCAAUCAUUUUAAAUCAAGAGAUUGCAAUUGCUACAGGUCACAAACAACAAAUAUGGUUUGUAGUUGAAAAGAAAUGGAUAGAUGCUUGGAGACAAUUUAUAGAAAACCAAGAUGAAUUAAAUCAUCCUCCUCCUUCUGCAGUCAACAACCUAUCUCUGUACACUGUCAAAGGAGAGAACCAAGAGCCAGUCCUCAAGGAUAACCUAGUGUAUGGUGUAGAUUAUGUUUGUGUUACAAAAGAAGUUUGGUUUCUGAUCGAGAGAGAGUAUCCAAUGAGUGGACCAAUGAUGUUACGUACUUCUCCCCAAAUUUAUUCAAGUCCAAUGUAUCAGAGCCCUUUCUUAUUCUCUUUUUAUCUUUGUACUUUUAUAGCAUACUGGUUCCAAAUCUAUGUUUCAGAUGAUGGUACCAUUGACAGUAUUAGAUAUAUCAAAUAUGAUGGAGUAAAGGAUUGCAAUAACGGAGACUGCGAGACAAGUUCUUUCAGUUCAUCUGCAAAGAAAGCCUCUAGAAACACAAUCGCCGUCAUGACAGCCUCCCUUGCUUUUACCGUACUGGCUUGGAUCUUCACCUCUGUUGUUUGUUUGUUUGUCAUGUUGUCCUUGGUUGGCAUUUUGGCCAAGAUCCCACUCCCAUUGGGCAAGGUUGCCAAAUUCCUUCCCAUUCUCGUCACUAUCUUUGGUCUUUUGGCUGUUCUAAUCUUUACAGGAUUUGGUGAUGCCAGCUACCGUGAUUGCAAGAGAGAAGAAGAUAAAUACAGCUCUUAUUAUUCAAACUCUACAGACAGCCAGUGUGAACAAGACAAGGAUGAUGGAUACUACUCUUUUAUCCUGUACAAGGAUCUUGGUAACGAUCAAACCUUUGUCAGAAGUCCAUCCACUGCUUGGGGUUGUGUCACUGCUGCAACCGGUCUCAUCAUCGUUGGAACUAUUCUCAACUUUGUUGCUGGCAAAUACGAUGCUCUUACUCCAAACUAA